AUGUGCCGUGUAUGUGACGAGCAAAUUGAACUCAACGGUCGUGACAACCAACAUGUUGUGAACUGCAGUGGGUGUCACGAAGCUACACCAAUUCGUCCGGCUCCUGAUGGCAUGAAAUAUGUACGUUGCCCAUGCAACUGUCUUCUAAUUUGCGAAGUAGCAUCCACACGUAUUGCAUGCCCACGCGGAAACUGUCGCCGUGUAAUUACUCUUGGACAUCGCGAACCUCAAGGAAGCGCUAUUCGUGCACCAGCUAGCAGUUGUCGUGUCCAAUGUGUUCACUGUUCCGAAAUAUUCGACACCUUGAGCAAUUAUCUGGCGCACUGCCCACAUUGCAAGAAGAAGUGUGUUUUUUCUGCUCUUGUCCUAUUUUUCAUUGUUUGCAUGCAUUGA